CCUGAGACAAAAUGCACUGCACUCGCUGCAAUGUAUUUAACAACGGAAUAUAACCUGGAGUUCUAUACAUUUUAAAAUGUCACAUUAUUUUUGUGACGGCUUACAGGCGUAAGAUGUAUGUCAGGAUACUGGUAUCAAGGAUCAUUUAUCGUGUUUGGAAAUGAGGACUCAAAUACAAAGGAGAAUUUUGCUCUGGCGGGCGCUGUGGCUGUUGUGUUUCGCUGAUUUGUGGAGCGAUACAGACGCGCAGCUUCGUUAUACAAUACCGGAGGAGCUGAAGGAGGGAUCUAUUGUUGGAAAUGUAGCUAAAGAUCUCGGUUUGGAUGUAUCUGAGAUAUCUAAUCGUAAAUUACGGAUAGCAUCUGAGUCUGGUAAGCAAUAUUUCAGUCUCAAUUUGCGGAAUGGCGAGCUGCUUGUCAAUGAAGUAAUAGACAGAGAAACCCUGUGCGGACAAAGCGCGAGCUGUGUGUUGCCUUUACAAGUCAUAAUCGAGGAUCCACUCCAGUUUUAUCGUGUCGAGGUGGACAUUCAAGAUAUUAACGACAACUCUCCAAUAUUCUUGUCGGAAAUAAACACAAUUGAGGUGCCAGAGUCAACGUUAACUGGAGCGAGGUUUCGUUUGGAACCUGCUCAAGAUCCUGACAUUGGAACGAACUCCUUGCGCACAUACGCGCUUAAUAAAAAUGAACAUUUUGUUAUGAACAUAAAAAAUGAUAAAGACGGAACAAAAGUCCCAGAAAUAGUUUUAGAGAAAUCUGUAGAUAGAGAGAAACAAUCUGUGCACCAUCUGAUUUUGACAGGUAUUGAUGGGGGUGAUCCAGCGAGGUCAGGAACCACCCAGAUUACUGUAAAAAUUCUUGAUGCAAAUGAUAAUGCUCCUAUAUUUGAACAUGAAUUAUAUGAGGUUAAAGUAAUGGAGAGCACAGUCCCGGGUACAAUGAUACUUGCUGUAAAAGCUAUUGACUUAGAUGAUGGUAUAAACGGUGAGGUUGAGUAUUCCUUUGCGGCACAUACACCUGAAAUAAUUCAAAAUGUGUUUGCUAUUAAUCCUGUGACAGGCGAAUUAGUCGUUUCCAAGAAUCUUGAUUAUGAAAUCAGCACCUCAUAUAAAAUUGACAUACGUGCUAGAGACAAAGGAGCACCUGUCAUGGAGGGACAUUGUCAAAUCCAGGUGAAUGUUUUAGAUAUAAAUGAUAAUACACCUGAGAUCACCAUCACCUCCUCACCCAAACCUGUGCGAGAAGAUGCGCCCGCUGGGACUAUGGUAGCGUUAAUAAAUGUUAAAGAUUUGGAUUCAGGCGUAAAUGGAAACGUAACACUUAGCAUGUCACCGGGCACCCCCUUUAAAUUAAAACCAACGUUUUCAAACCAUUACGCACUAGUGACAGAUGCACAAUUAGAUCGAGAAAAUUUUCCUAGAUAUGAUAUUGAGCUCAAAGCGUCAGACUCUGGAUCACCUCCACUGUUAUCUAGCAAACUCAUCACAGUAAAUAUACUAGAUGUCAAUGAUAAUCCUCCUGUUUUCUCUGAACGCGUGUACUCGGUUUAUAUUAAAGAAAACAGCGCCCCGGGAUCAAUUUUAGCAUCGGUCACAGCUUCAGAUCUAGAUACAGGAGAAAAUGCCAAAAUUGUCUAUUCAGUUCUCGAUACUAAUACUCGAGACGUAUCUGUUUCUUCAUAUGUAUACAUAAACUCAGAAAACGGUAGUAUAUUUAGCAUGCACUCUUUUGACUAUGAGAAAAUGAAGGUCUUUCAUAUAAUCGUGCUUGCCAGAGAUCAUGGCUCUCCAUCUCUGAGCAGUAACGCCACAGUUCAUGUGUUUAUUUCGGACCAGAACGAUAACGCACCUGCUGUCAUUUACCCGUCCAUAUCCAUGGGGUCUGUCUCUCAUCAGAGGAUGCCCCGUUCUGCUAAAGCAGGACAUCUCGUUACUAAGGUAACAGCAGUGGACGCGGACUCGGGUCAUAACGCCUGGCUCUUCUACAGGCUCGCGGAGGCCACGGACGCGUCACUGUUCAGUGUGAAUUUACAUACGGGAGAGGUGAGGACUAAACGCGCUGUUUCAGAGCAGGAUGACUCCUCUCAGAGACUGAUGAUAGAGAUAAAGGAUAAUGGAGAACCGAUCCAGUCCAUCACAGUCACAGUGGAUAUAUUGAUAGAGGAAGGCGCCCAUGAGCCCAUCUUAGACUAUAGUAUGAAAACUUCAGAAAAUAGCAACAACAAGAAAAACGGAAAAAUUACUUUGUAUUUGAUCAUCUCUUUGGGCACCGUGUCAGUUUUAUCUGUGUUGACAUUGUUUACGUUGAUUGUAAAAUGCGUUAAAAACAGCAUCGGAAGUUCAAGCUGCUGUAUCAGGAGAACCGAUGCUGGAUACAAGAACCCCAACAGAAACCUGCAGAUCCAGCUCAACACUGACGGGCCCAUUAAGUAUGUGGAGGUUCUGGGAGGAGACAUGAUGUCUCAGAGUCAGUCCUUUGGCUCCUAUCUCUCUCCAAUGUCAGAAUUCAGUGAUCUCACCCUCGUUAAGCCCAGCAGCACCACAAACUUUACAGACACGCUAAACGUGCUUGAUGCGUCAUUACCAGACAGCGCGUGGACGUUCGAGAGCCAACAGGUGAGCGCGUGAAAUUUUGUAUAGA